UGGUUUAUCAAUCCAUUUUGAUUUCGUGAAGUGUAUAUAUUACAUCGCAAAUAAAAUUCUUCAGUCAAAGCCACCAAAAUGAAGUAUUUACUAACAAUACUCUUCGCCUCUUUCAUAACUAUCAGCUUUGGUGCCAAACUACCCGCUGGUUUUAAAAAAUGUAACUUCAAGCAACUCUCUUCUCAUACGUGUCUACCGCAAGCUAUUGAAAGUGCAAUAAAGCAGAUGGAUCGUCCUAUAAAAAAAUUGGGCUUAGUGGGCCUAGAACCUUUGGUGAUACCAUCCCUGAUUGUAGAUGCUGGUUCUCAGAUUGUGCAUACUCAGCAAAUUUACAAAAAUAUGAAACUGUCGGGUUUCAAUGAAACAACUUGUUCCAAAGCUGAAUUUAAUUAUACCACGAAAACGUUAAAUCUGGAGUGCGUCGUGCCACGUUUUCUAAUGGAAUUUCUUUAUGAAAUAAAUGGGAAAUUUUUGAUGAUAUCUGUUUACGGAAAAGGAACGGGAUGGACGGUUUUUUUUGAUAAUCACCUUGAGCUUUCCUUUCAAUUUGGAGAAUACGAAAAGAAGGGUAAAACAUACUUUAACAUCCUCCAUCAACAUCUGAACAUGCGACCCAAAGAUAUUGAUUUUCGUUUGGAAAAUUUGUUUGAUGGUGAUGAGGAAAUGAGUGAUCGUGUUCAGAAAAUAGCAAAAGAAAAUAUUCUCGACGUGUAUGACGAUGUUAAAAGUGGUUACGAAGAAGCAUUUGGAAAAGUAUUUGCUUACAUUUUUGAAGAGAUUUUGGAAAAAGUGCCUAUUGAUGAUAUUUUUGAUUGAAUAAUUUUUAUUAUUUGUAA